AUGAAUGAUAUUACGAACCAGCAACUCCAGCUUGCUGAAAAAUACAUAUCCACACUUGCUGACAAAGAAAUAAUACGUAGAUACUAUGAUGUUAAAAAUAAACUACUCUCAGACAGUAUAAAUACAAAUAGAUCAAUUGAAAACGCUUCAAAGAGCUAUUCAAGAUCAAAAAUAGGAAGAGAAACAGCUAUUGAUGGUGAAUCAGUAUCAAGAUCAAUAAAUUCGGAUGAUCCUAAUGAACCAGAUUCAAUUUGUCUAAAACUUCACGAAGUACAAAAGAAAAUUAUAACUGGACAACUAUUACAAGUAUCUACAGAUCCACUCGAAGAGCUUGAAACACUAAAAAGAGUUGUUCAAGCUAAAAUACAAUCUUUAUCACUCGUCAGAAAUAAAAUUAGAGAUGAAAAUAUACGAUUAACCAAUGACUUCAAGGAACUAUCUGCCCAAUACAAUGCAAAACUAUCAGAAGUAAAAGAAAACGGAAAUGCGGAAUUUCAAAAAAUUGUUGAUGAAGAAACAGCAUUAAAUGAUAAAUAUUCUAUUGUAGAAAGCGAGUUAGAAGAUUUACGAGAAGAAUAUGAUUCAUUAAAGGGUGAAAAUGAAGAAAAAAUCAAAAAUCUCACUUCAAUAUCAUUACAAGACUGUCAAUCAGAUAAUCAACUUAAGAAGUUAGCAGAACUUAUUCAAACUAAAAGAAGAGAAGUAGAGAGUCUUCAAAAGAACAUUGAAAAGAUGCAACAAGAUAUUGAAGAUAAAUCAAAAUCAUUGUCGAAGAAGAAAUAUGGCACAGAUGACGAAAAAUUACUUGAAGAAGUUGUUCAUCUAACAGAACAGAUCGAUUUGGUUAAGUCUCAAAACGCACAGAUCGAACUUAAACUUAAGAAAUAUCCUAUAUUAGUUCCCGAAACUACAUCUCCUAUUGACAUUGACGAAGAUGAGAUGGCUAGACAAAUUUUGUUUAAUAACGUUAAAUAA